AUGGCGUCUACGACCACCGUCCUCCUCCUGUUGUCGAUCAUCGUCGGUCUCGUUGCUUUCUCCGCCACCGCCAGGCCUUGCAAGACGAUCUUCUUCAUCACAUCCACUUCCUCCUCCUACUACCCAGCCGACUCUAAUCACCCUGGAAACCCUAAUUUCCCCCACCAAAACCCCACUAACUCCCCUCGUUUGACCUUCUUCAUCACCGAAAUCCACGAAUUCCACCGCAGUAGGUCCUUCCCCCGUCCGAUCUUCCCCGACCGAGCAGUGGAAGAUGUCGUCUCUUCAAAACCCUCUUCUUCUUCCUCGUUUCGCGAUCGCACCCUGGAUAUCAUCAGUAUUGUCGGUGCGCUACUCGUCGGUGUAGGCUGCGGGGCUCUCACCGCCGCAACCAUGUACUUAAUCUGGUCCGUAUGUUCUAGCAGACGCUUGGAUUUCGGCUCCGAUUCCGAUGAGGAAGAGUACGACGUCGACGAUGAGGAUGACGUCACCCAUAACAAGAACGGUUACGCCCCUAUCCCUGCCGCCACCAAGCCCGUGCCUCCUUCUGCCGAUGAAGUCGAUGCAAUGAAAUAG